AUGGCUCGUUCUAAUGCUGGUAACAGAAAAGGUUUAGCAAUUGGUAUCGAUUUAGGUACGACCUAUUCUUGUGUUGGAGUAUUUCAACAUGGUAAAGUUGAAAUAAUUGCAAAUGAUCAAGGAAAUCGAACAACACCGUCGUAUGUUGCAUUCACCGAUACGGAACGUUUGAUUGGUGAUGCUGCUAAAAAUCAAACAGCGAUGAAUCCAUCAAAUACAGUUUUUGAUGCUAAACGUUUAAUCGGAAGACGUUUUGAUGAAGAAACUGUACAAAAAGAUAUUCGCUUAUGGCCAUUUAAAGUCGUUAGCGGUAAAGACCGAAAGCCGUCUAUUGAAGUUGAAUUUAAAGGCGAAAGAAAACUGUUUUCUCCCGAAGAAAUUUCUUCUAUGGUAUUGACAAAAAUGAAAGAAACUGCCGAAGCAUUUCUAGGCACAACUGUCAAACAAGCUGUCAUCACUGUUCCUGCUUAUUUCAAUGAUUCGCAACGGCAGGCAACAAAAGAUGCUGGUGCUAUUGCUGGUCUCGAUGUUCUUCGAAUUAUAAAUGAACCUACGGCUGCUGCGCUUGCGUAUGGUCUUGAGAAAAAACUUCAACGUGAUCAAAACAUUCUUAUUUAUGAUCUUGGUGGUGGUACAUUUGAUGUAUCGAUUUUAACCAUCAGUGGCGGCGAUGAAGGUGGUUCAGUAUUUGAAGUUAAAUCUACAGCUGGUAAUACUCAUCUAGGCGGUGAAGAUUUUGAUAAUCGUCUAGUACAACAUUUUGUUGAUGAAUUUCGUCGUAAACAUGGUAAAGAUAUAUCGAAAAAUCCAAAAGCUGUACGACGUUUACGAAGUGCAUGUGAACGUGCUAAACGAACAUUAUCAUCGUCGACAACAGCUUCAAUUGAAAUCGAUUCACUUUUUGAAGGAACUGAUUUCAAUACACAAUUAAGUCGUGCUCGGUUCGAAGAAAUGAAUAUGGAUUACUUCCGAGGUACAAUUGGACCUGUUGACCAAGCUCUGAAAGAUGCUAAAUUACAAAAACGUGAUAUCGAAGAAGUUGUACUUGUUGGUGGUUCAACACGUAUACCCAAAGUUCAACAAUUAUUAUCGGAAUAUUUCAAUGGAAAAUCUUUAAAUAAAAAUAUCAAUCCUGAUGAAGCUGUUGCGUUUGGUGCUGCUGUGCAAGCUGCUAUUUUAACUGGCGACAGGAGUGAAAUGAUUAAAGAUGUUUUACUUAUUGAUGUAACGCCCUUAUCCAUGGGCAUUGAAACAGCUGGUGGUGUAAUGACAAAAUUAGUUGAACGUAAUCAACGCAUUCCACAUAAAAAAACAGAAACAUUCACCACCUAUGCCGAUAAUCAACCAGCAGUAUCGAUUCAAGUCUACGAAGGUGAACGUUCGAUGACACAUGAUAAUCAUUUGUUAGGACAAUUUAAUUUGGAAGGUAUUCCACCUGCACGACGUGGCGUACCGCAAAUUGAUGUUACUUUUGAUUUGGAUGUAAAUGGCAUUCUUCAUGUAACUGCUGAAGAUAAGAGUACCGGCCGCAAUAAGAAGAUUCAAAUUCAAAAUGAUAAAGGACGCUUAUCGCAAGCUGAGAUUCAACGUAUGGUAAAUGACGCAGAGAAAUAUCGUGAAGAAGAUGAACGUGCACGUGAACGUGUUAAUGCACGAAAUCGUCUUGAAUCAUAUUUAUAUGCAUGUAAACAAGCUGUAGAAAAUUAUAAUGGUUCGGCUAUUAAUUCUUCAGAUAAAUCAACUGUUUUAAGAGCAUGCGAAGAAGCACAAAGUUGGUUAGAUAGAAAUCAAUUAGCUGAAAAAGAUGAGAUUGAACAUCAAUAUAAAGCAUUGGAACAGAAAUGUCAAAGAAUAAUGUCUAAAAUGCAUGGCGCUGGUGAUGAUAGAGGACAGCAGUAUGGUCGUGGUAAUGGUUACCAAGCAAAUGGCGAUGGUGGAUAUUCAGGUCCACGUGUUGAAGAAGUCGAUUAA